AGGCAUGGCGGAGGUCACCUGGGGCCAUAUAAAAGCCGGGAUUGGUUGUAGGGACAGCAGCAGGAAGGAACCAGCUCCACUUGAAGAUAACCCUUGCACACCCACGCCGCAGACAUGCUGUGUCUCCGUCUGUUCGCGAUGGUGAUGACCCUGCUCGUGGCAACCCUUCUGGUGUCCCAGGCAACCGGCGCCCGAACCACACGCUGGCCGAAACCACCGAGCACUAAGAAACCCCCCCGUGGAGGAGGGGGGAGAGACGGCCCCCCUGGUCGUCUGGGCUCCAGACAGACCACCACCACACCGGCCCCCUCCAGCAGCGCGGCCACAGACGACACCACCAUGGACGCGCUGCUGGAGGCCUCGUCCCCCUCCCCCUCCGACAGCUCCACCUACCCAGACUCCUACACCACAGAGCUGCACACGGACGCCGCAGCGCCCCCCGGGGCCGGCCUGGGGAACUACACCCUGGACUACAACGAGUGCUUCUUUAACUUCUGCGAGUGCUGCCCCCCUGAGAAGGGCCCCGUGGGGGCGGCAGGGGAGAGGGGGCCGGCGGGGCUGACCGGGGACCGGGGCCCCCCAGGUGUUCCGGGGGAGAGGGGGGAGGCAGGUCUGAGAGGUCCUCCUGGACUUGCAGGUGCCAAUGGACCGAACGGAGACAAAGGAGACAAAGGAGACCUGGGACCCUCAGGAGCCCCAGGGAGGCCCGGAGACAGAGGUGAGCUGGGUCUGAGGGGAGAGAAAGGUGAGGCGGGCCCUGUCGGUGCCAGGGGCCACCCUGGGGAGAGGGGAGACCCAGGGCUGAACGGGACCAGAGGGGACCUGGGCAGGGACGGGCCUCCGGGCCCCCAGGGGCCCCCGGGCAUCAAGGGGCAAAAGGGGGAGAAGGGGGAGAUGGGGGAGUGCUCCACGCUGGAAAAGGGGGAGAAGGGGGAGACAGGGUUGCCCGGCCGACCAGGGCUGAACGGAGAACUGGGGCCUCCAGGGGCAAACGGGACCAACGGCCCCAGAGGGCCCCCAGGGGAGAGGGGGGAGGUGGGGUCCCCAGGGCCCAAGGGGGAGGCAGGGGGCAGGGGACCUUCCGGGCCCCAAGGGGGGAGAGGCAUGCCUGGGCAGAAGGGGGAUAAGGGCCCCAAAGGUGUCCGGGGCCCCAAGGGCCCUAAGGGCCCUAAGGGAGUAAGCGCGGAGCAGAUCCGCUCUGCCUUCAGCGUGGGGCUGUUCCCCAGCAAGUCCUUCCCCCCUCCGGGGCUCCCGGUCAAGUUCGACAAGGUUUUCUACAACGAGGAGGGCCACUGGGACCCGACGCUCAGCAAGUUCAACGUGAGCCACUCCGGCGUCUACGUGUUCACCUACCACAUCACGGUGAGGAACCGGCCGCUGCGCGCCGCGCUGGUGGUGAACGGGGCUCGGAAGCUGCGGACACGGGACUCUCUGUACGGCCAGGACAUCGACCAGGCGUCCAGCCUGGUGCUGCUGCGGCUGGCUCCGGGGGACCAGGUGUGGCUGGAGACUCUCAGGGACUGGAACGGGGUCUACUCCAGCAGCGAGGACGACAGCACCUUCUCUGGGUUCCUGCUCUACGCCGACCGCCAAGCCCUCACCUGACCCCACCAUUCACCCCGGAUUGACCUUCUUUAACCUCUUGACCUCUGAACUGCUCUGCUCACGCUUCACGCUUCACGCUUCACGCUUCACGCUUCAAGCUUCACGCUUCAAGCUUCACGCUUCGCGCUUCA